UAUAUAGAGGAACACAGGGGUCUGUACAAGGACGUGAUGAUGGAGAAUCACCGGCCCCUCACAUCACUGGAUGGGCCCAGUAACAGAGAUACCACAGAGAGAUGUCCCCGUCCUCUGUAUUCCCAGGAUUGUACAGAGGAGAAUCACAGAAUCCCACAGGAGGAUCAGGUAGAACGUCUGUCUGAUAUUAAAACAGAAGAUAUAGAGGGAGAAGGAGAGACGUAUGUGACUGAUAUGAAGGCAGCAGAUACAGAAGGAGAAGAAGAGACGUAUGUGACUGAUAUAAAGGCAGAAGAUACAGAGGGAGAAGAAGAGACGUAUGUGACUGAUAUGAAGGCAGCAGAUACAGAAGGAGAAGAAGAGACGUAUGUGACUGAUAUGAAGGCAGAAGAUAUAGAGGGAGAAGAAGAAACGUAUGUGACUGAUAUGAAGGCAGAAGAUAUAGAGAAAGAAGAAGAGACGUGUGUGACUGAUAUAAAGGCAGAAGAUACAGAGGGAGAAGAAGAGACGUAUGUGACUGAUAUGAAGGCAGAAGAUAUAGAGGGAGAAGAAGAGACGUAUGUGACUGAUAUAAAGGCAGAAGAUCUAGAGGGAGAAGAAGAGACGUAUGUGACUGAUAUGAAGGCAGAAGAUAUAGAGGAAGAAGAAGAGACGUAUGUGACUGAUAUAAAGGCAGAAGAUAUAGAGGGAGAAGUAGAGACGUAUGUGACUGAUAUAAAGGCAGAAGAUACAGAGGGAGAAGAAGAGACGUAUGUGACUGAUAUAACGGCAGAAGAUACAGAGAGAGAAGAAGAGACGUAUGUGACUGAUAUAACGGCAGAAGAUACAGAGGGAGAAGAAGAGACGUAUGUGACUGAUAUAAAGACAGAAGAUACAGAGGGAGAAGAAGAGACGUAUGUGGGUGAUAUAAAGGCAGAAGAUAUAAAGGGAGAAGAAGAGACGUAUGUGACUGAUAUAAAAGCAGAAGAUCUAGAGGGAGAAGAAGAGACGUAUGUGACUGAUAUAAAGGCAGAAGAUAUAGAGGAAGAAGAAGAGACGUAUGUGACUGAUAUAAAGGCAGAAGAUACAGAGGGAGAAGAAGAGACGUAUGUGACUGAUAUAAAGGCAGAAGAUAUAGAGGGAGAAGAAGAGACUUAUGUGACUGAUAUAAAGGCAGAAGAUAUAGAGGAAGAAGAAGAGACGUAUGUGACUGAUAUAAAGGCAGAAGAUAUAGAGGGAGAAGUAGAGACGUAUGUGACUGAUAUAAAGGCAGAAGAUAUAAAGGGAGAAGAAGAGACGUAUGUGACUGAUAUAAAGGCAGAAGAUAUAGAGGGAGAAGAAGAGACGUAUGUGACUGAUAUAAAGGCAGAAGAUAUAGAUGGAGAAGAAGAGACGUAUGUGACUGAUAUAAAGGCAGAAGAUACAGAGGGAGAAGAAGAGACGUAUGUGACUGAUAUAAAGGCAGAAGUUAUAGAGGGAGAAGUAGAGACGUAUGUGACUGAUAUAAAGGCAGAAGAUAUAGAGGGAGAAGAGACGUAUGUGACUGAUAUAAAGGCAGAAGAUAUAGAUGGAGAAGAAGAGACGUAUGUGACUGAUAUAAAGGCAGAAGAUACAGAGGGAGAAGAAGAGACGUAUGUGACUGAUAUAAAGGCAGAAGAUACAGAGGGAGAAGAAGAGACGGAUGUGAGGGGUGAUCAGCAGUGUAAGGAGGAGGAGAUCCCUACAGAUAUCAGCACAGCAGAUGGACACACAAGCAGGAAUAUCUCAGAAGGACAUCUAAUGUUAUCCCCGGAUUGUGACAUAAAAGAUAAUGACAGAAUACAGGAUUCUCCAGGAGAUAACCCCUUUACCCCAAUUAUACAUCCAGCUCUAUCAGCUGGUCCCUCUGAUCCUGGGAAAUGUUCUCCUGAUCACUCUGAUGUUGGUGCAUCUGUUACAGCUCUGACAGUAGAUUCAGUAUUUACCUGUUCAAUAGAUUCCAAAUGUUUUACGCAGCCCACAAAGCUUAUUACCCAUCAGCCUGCUAAGACAGGUGAGAGGCAAUUUCCAUGUUCUGAGUGUGAGAAAUGUUUUACAUGCAAAUCAGCUCUUGUUUCACAUCAGAGAAGUCACACAGGUGAGAAGCCAUUUCCAUGUUCUGAGUGUGGCAAAUUUUUUACACGGAAAUCAAAUCUUGUUACACAUCAGAGAAGUCACACAGGUGAGAAGCCAUUUCCAUGUUCUGAGUGUGAGGAAUGUUUUACAUGCAAAUCAGCUCUUGUUUCACAUCAGAGAAGUCACACAGGUGAGAAGCCAUUUCCAUGUUCUGAGUGUGGCAAAUUUUUUACACGGAAAUCAAAUCUUGUUACACAUCAGAGAAGUCACACAGGUGAGAAGCCAUUUCCAUGUUCUGAGUGUGAGGAAUGUUUUACACUGAAAUCAAAUCUUGUUAAACAUCAGAGAAGUCACACAGGUGAGAGACCAUUUGCAUGCUCAGAGUGUGGGAAAUGUUUUUUAAAUAAAUCAAAUCUUGUUGCGCAUCAGAGAACUCACACAGGUGAGAGGCCAUUUGCAUGCUCAGAGUGUGGGAAAUGUUUUUCAAGUAAAUCACAUCUUGUUAGACAUCAGAGAACUCACACAGUUGAGAUGCCAUUUGCAUGCUCAGAGUGUGGGAAAUGUUUUACACAGAGCUCAAAUAUGAUUAAACAUCAGAGAACUCAUACAGGUGAGAAGCCAUUUUCCUGUUCUGAGUGUGGAAAAUGUUUUUUACGUAAAGUCUGUUUUGUUAAACAUCAGAGAAGUCACACAGGUGAAAAGCUGUUUUCAUGCUCUGAAUGUGGGAAAUGUUUUUUAAAUAAAUCGAAUCUUAUUACACAUCAGAGAAGUCACACAGGUGAGAAGCCAUUUUCCUGUUCUGAGUGUGGGAAAUAUUUUUUUAGUAAAGCACAUCUAGUUUCACAUCAGAGAAGUCACACAGGUGAGAAGCCAUUUUUCUGUUCUGAGUGUGGGAAAUAUUUUUUUCGUAAAGCACAUCUAGUUACACAUCAGAGAAGUCACACAGGUGAGAAGCCAUUUUCAUGUUCUGAGUGUGAGAAAUGUUUUACACUGAAAUCAAAUCUUGUUAAACAUCAGAGAAGUCACACAGGUGAGAAGCCAUUUCCAUGUUCGGAGUGUCGGAAAUGUUUUACACAGAAAUCACAACUUGUUACACACCAGAGAAGACACACAGGUGAGAAGCCAUUUUAAUCUUCUGGAGUAUACUUAUCAUUGCCAUGCAUUGUUUUUCAAGGUUCUUAUCCUAGUGUGGGAAAUGUUUUUUAAAUAAAUUAAAUCUUGUUACACAUCAGAGAACUCACACAGGUGAGAGGCCUUUUGCAUGCUCAGAGUGUGGGAAAUGUUUUUCAAGUAAAUCACAUCUUGUUAGACAUCAGAGAACUCACACAGUUUAAAUGCCAUUUGCAUGCUCAUGAGUGUGGGAAAUGUUUUACACAGAGCUCAAAUAUGAUUAAAAAUCAGAGAACUCAUACAGGUGAGAAGCCAUUUCCAUGUUCUGAGUGUGGGAAAUGUUUUUUAAGUAAAGCCCAUCUUGUUAAACAUCAGAGAACUCACAGGUGAGAAGCCGUUUCCAUUCCCUGAGUGUGGGAAAUAAAUCAGAUCUUGUUAAACACAUUAGACAUUACCCAAGUGAGGAACCAUUUUAAUCUUCUUGAGUAUAAUCAUCAUUGCCAUGCAUUGUUCCUCAAGGAUCAAUCCUAUCUCCUAUACUUUUUGCAAUAUACAUGCUACCACUUGUAGAAAUAAUCAGACGUCAUGACCUGGCCUACCACUUCUAUGCAGAUGACUUGUCUUUUGCUCCAUGUACUGAGAACCCAACACCAAUACUAAAUGGGAUGGUAAUGCUAUCCCGGUGGACAGAAUGCUGGCUGUCAAUAUACCAACAGUGGAAUACCAGCAGUGGGGUGAGUGCAAAGAGUUCCCUUGCGGGCUCCCUGUUCUCGCUAUGCUGCAGGCGCAGUGGCUCAUUGUGUUCACCACAGGUAUUAUUCCCACUCUAUGGGUGUCAUAGACACCCACGAGUGAGAAUAGCUGUGGUGAGUGCUGUUGGCAUUCCCGGCUGUCGGGAAUUCUGAAUGUCGGGAUAUUAACUACAUCCCAUCCUAAAUGGUUGUCUAGCUGAGCUCCAGGGGUGGAUGAUGCCAGUUGGCUGUGACUCAGUCUUAGUGAUACGUAAUAGAAGUUCACAAACAAAGGACAAGACUACAGCUUUACCAACCAUCAUGACUUAUGCUUUGGGGUUCAGAGUGACAAAAUGCUGACUGCGGAAACUUUGUGUGGUCCUGGAUUGUGGCUGACACAGACAUCGGGUAUCCGCCACAUUCAAAUCUUCGUUCUUCCAUCUGAGGACCAUAGCCAGAAUCGAGCUCUUGAUUCCCUCAGAAGACCUGCCUACAGCCAUACAUGCAUUUGUAUCCUCUCACACAGACUACUGCAAUGUCCUCUACCUGGGUCUCCCAGCAAAAGAAUUACACCGCUUGUAGCUUGUACAGAAUGCAGCAGCCAGUCUGUUACCUAACACCCAUUCUCUACUCCCUCCACCGGCUGCCUGUAAGAUGGAAAAUCUAUUUAAUAAUCGGCUAACUGACCUUCCCAGCCCAACAUUACAUGGUCCAAGGUACCAGAAGCUCCUUACUGCCUCACUUGUUUAUUUCUGCAGAGAAAGGACUGUUACCAGCAGUACCAGGAAACUCCCAUAAUGCAUUUGGGGGUCAAAAUUUUAUCUUUGUAGCCCUGGCCAUGGAACUUGCUGCCUCGCACAGUCCAAGAGGCCUUCACCCUAGAGCCCUUCACAAGCAGGCUGAUGACUGACCUGUUACUCAUUUCAUUAAUGCUCCUGUAGUUCUUACAUAUAUCCCACAUGCUUAGUUCUUUGUUCUGUUGUUUAUUUUGUAACUUGUGCUUUGUGUGAUUGUGUAAUGCCAGUUUGUGCUAUCUAUAUUGCUGCACGACAAUAUGGCGGCCAUAGGAAUGUGUUUCCACUUCUAGUUUCCCAUUCUUAUCUCAUCUGAUCAUCUUAAUCAGGAGUGUUGUGGGAUACAAGAUCCUAUAUAUAUAUAUAUGUAUAUAUAUAUAUAUAUACAUUACCAUGUGCAUUAGAGUCACCCGGGUUCCAUCUGCGGUGGUUUGUUGUAUGUUACAUCUAUAUGGUGCGGAUACUCUGUAUGAUU